CAUUACAUUUUUAAAUGAUACUUAAACAUCUAGAACCAGCAGGUGGUGUGAUUUGUAUAAAUGGUGCAAAUAAUAAUAUUUUUUUACGAUACCAGCAAUUGUAUAUAAUACAAUUUUUGAUAAAACGGCGCACUUCACUAGUUAAGAGUAGAUUAUUAAAAUGCUUUCAGUUCGGUCUUUUUUAGUGCUUUGUUCAAUUUCUGCAAUAGCCAGUGAACAUUUAGCCAGAAUACCUCUACUAAAGAAAUCAUCCCGCGUCAACAUAAUCCAUCAUCAAAAACAACUCCAACAAGCACUUUUCAGAUCACAAGAAAACGGUGGAAGAGAAAUAUUAUGGAAUUACGAUUACCUAUAUUUAGGAAAUAUUACCAUAGGCACACCACCUCAGCCGUUUAUAGUGCUGUUUGAUACCGGUUCUUCUCUUCUUUGGGUGCCGUCAAAACGUAGUUCGCUGGCCCGUAAUUCCGCAAUACAUAAAUACGACCAUUCAAAGUCUUCUACUUAUAAAAAGAAUGGUACCGAGUUCGUUAUCUCUUAUGUAUCUGGAGAUGUAAAUGGAGUUCUAUCGAAUGACGUAGCUAAUGUCGCUGGGUUAACUGCAAGUGGACAAACAUUUGGAGAAGUUUUAGAUUUGAGUCAUUUACCGCCUGAUAUACACUUUGACGGUAUUCUGGGAUUGGGCUACCCUGCUUUGGAAAGUUCUAGAGUUAUGCCAUUUUUUAACAAUUUAAUUGAUCAGGGAGUUGUACCGGAACCGGUAUUUAGUUUCUAUUUGAAUAGAGACGAAAAUGGUACAGUGGGAGGAGAACUCAUUUUGGGUGGAUCUGAUCCUAACUACUACACUGGAAACUUUACUUACGUUCCAGUUGUACGUCGCGCAUAUUGGGAAAUUAAAUUAGACAAUGUUAAAGUGCGCAAUAAAUCGUUAUUACCAUAUGGGGGUUCAGUAGUAAUUGAUACAGGAUCUAAUGCAAUGUCGGGUCCGAUAUCACCAGUAUUUGCUCUACACGAAUCCCUCGGGUUUACUUGGCUUCCUGAUUAUGGCUUUGUAAUUGAAUGCGAAAUAAUUUCAAAAUUACCACCUAUCAAUUUCGUUCUAUCCGGAAAGGACUUUCCUUUGAAGUUUGGUGAUUAUACACAAAAAGCGAUGACAACUGAUGGACCCAUAUGCCUUUCUCUAAUAUUUCCUGACAUCUAUUCGGAAUUCUGGCUACUAGGAGAGAUGUUUGUUGGAAGAUAUUACACGGAGUUUGAUUUUGGAAAUAACCGAAUAGGUUUUGCUAACGCCAAACAAUAGUAGACAAUGAAACAAUAACAUAAUAAAAUUUAUAACUUGAAAGAA